AUGCGAUCUGUCCUGUUAAGUGGCCCAUUCAUCCCUGAAAUUAACGUCGGGUACAACGUGAAGGCGAAUGGGGUCAGCAUUAACUUCUUAAAAGACCCCUUUUGCUUCAGGGACAAGACGAUCCAAAUCGUAAAUUCUAAACGGAGUGAAAGGGUUCCCAGUGUAGGGGAACUUCCAAAUGGUGAAAAUGAAGAAACGGUGAACCCUGUGAUAUCCGUGGAAGCGACAGAAUUGCAUGGAUGCGUUUAUCAGGGUGGCCGAAUAAUUGGGGAAGCUGCGCCAUAUGAAGAUGGCUUAGCAUAUGAGGAUGACUUAACAUAUGAAGAUGGCUUAAAAUAUGAAGGUAGAUUGUCAUAUGAAGAUGGUAUAUAUGCGGAUGGCUUACCACGCAAGAGCGAUCGUUUCCCGCAUGACGAAUCUACCAACAAACCACAGGAAGUGGAGAAGGCCUCCCUCCAUGACAACAAAAUGAAGUAUACUCUGAAAAGCGCAGAAAGGGAAAGGAUCUUCCAAAUGCCAAAGCUAGAUAUAAAAAAAAAAUACACAGUCCAGACGAAUUAA